GCUCUCUAUGGCAGCGUGGAGCCGCGGGCAUCUCUAUGGCAGCGGCGGCCGCGGUGCCGGGCGGGCAGGCCCCGGGCUGCGGACACUGAGCGGGCCCCUCAGGAGGGAGGGAGGAUGCCCCUGGCUGCCUACUGCUUCCUCCGAGCCGUGGGGAAGGGCAGCUACGGGGAGGUGAGCCUGGUACGGCACCGGCAGGACGGCAAGCAGUAUGUCAUCAAAAAGUUAAACCUUAAAAAUGCUUCCAACCGAGAGAGGAAAGCAGCAGAACAAGAGGCACAGUUGCUGUCCCAGUUGAAACACCCAAACAUAGUCACCUACAGAGAGUCCUGGCAGGGGGAAGAUGGCCUCUUAUACAUUGUCAUGGGCUUCUGUGAGGGAGGAGAUCUGUACCACAAACUGAAAGAGCAGAAAGGCAAGCUUUUGCCUGAGAAUCAGGUGGUGGAGUGGUUUGUCCAGAUUGCCAUGGCACUGCAGUAUUUACAUGAAAAGCACAUUCUGCACAGAGAUCUCAAAACUCAAAAUGUUUUCCUGACAAGAACAAAUAUCAUUAAAGUGGGUGACCUGGGAAUAGCCAGAGUGUUGGAAAACAAAUACGACAUGGCCAGCACUCUCAUAGGCACACCUUACUACAUGAGCCCUGAACUCUUCUCUAACAAACCUUACAACUACAAGUCUGAUGUUUGGGCACUAGGCUGCUGUGUGUAUGAAAUGGCCACACUGAAACAUGCCUUUAAUGCUAAAGACAUGAACUCCUUGGUUUAUCGAAUUAUUGAAGGAAAGUUGCCACCCAUGCCAAAGGAUUACAGCCCACAGUUGGUAGAAAUAAUAAGAACUAUGCUCAGUAAAAAACCUGAAGAAAGACCUAGUGUGAGAAGCAUACUACGACAGCCAUAUAUCAAGCACCAAAUUUCUUUGUUUUUGGAAGCCACAAAGGCGAAAGCAGCCAGAUGUCAAAAGAAAACUGUGAAUUCUCAAUCUAAAGAUCAGUGUUCCGUGGUCACAGUAAAGAAUGAAUCUCACAGCAGGAAUGUUACACACCAAAAUCACUCCUCUGAGCAAGCCAGGAAAUACAAAGUCAAUGAAGAAGAUUGCAUCAUCAAAUGUAAGGUCUCCAAAUUUUAUCCCUUGGAGAAACCAGCUGUUGAACUGGAAAGAAAACCAAGCAGUAAUGAUUUGAACAACUUGGGAGACUCCUUAGCUACAGUUAGUGAAGUGGAUAUUGAUAUGUUGCCAUCUGAAAGGAUGAAGUAUGGAAGUGAGAAGUGUGGCAGUGAGCAUAUUCCAGAAAAUAAUAAAGCAGAAUAUUUAAAUGUUCCAGAGAAUUCUAAAAUAAUAUGUGAUAGUCCAACAGUUAAGGAAGAUGGAUUGCAGCAAGGAGCAAAGCAAGCUUUUAAAGUUGAAAAUGUUGAAUCUAAGCAGUCCUCUGCUUAUACUACAGAAGAUGAUGACACUUUGAAGCUCCUGCAGCCUGUAUCAAAAGACCAAAGGCAAACUGAUGUGAGCUUGGAUUCUACAGAGAAGCUGCUAGAACCAUUUGUUCCUGUUGUAAUUCAAGAUGACAUCUGUCACAGAGCUUCAGGAGAUGCUCAGGAAAAAAUUACUUCCCAUUUACAGCCUCAUAGUUCUGUCAGUGAACCAUCCCUCUCACGGCAGCGGUGGCAGAAGAAAAGGGAGUUGGCUGAAGUCUGUUCAGAGAAGUCCAGAGCAGCUGCUCCUCGGCCUUUACCUUCUCCUGCUGAUGGGAACACAAAGACAGCACAGAGGUGUGCAGAGCAGCGUGGUGCUGAGGCCUCUGCAUCUGUAAAUAGCACCAAAACUAGUCAAGUUGCCUUUUCAAAGGAGCGGCCCUUGUCAGCCCGAGAGCGAAGGAGGCUAAAGCAGUCUCAGGAGAUGUUUCCUGCUGUGGUUCCAGCAAGACGAACGCCAAGUAGUGCAGUAGUUGAAGCAAAAUCACAUGUGGAAAAUCAUGUAAAAGUUGUUCAGUCCACGUCAGAUCCCAGUAUUUCUCAGAAAAAGAGAGAGACCCAUUGCUUGUCUGAUGAUGAUUUAAGCUCUUCCACAAGCUCUACAGAUAAAUCUGAUGGUGAUUCCAAGGCGAGAAAAAGCAGCAUGAAUGAAAUGAACGACUUGGUGCAGCUAAUGACAAGGACACUGAAAAUGGACUCCAAGGAGAACUCUGAACACUGUGUAUCCUCACAUCCAGCUCCAGAGUUUAAACUUCAUAGAAGAUAUCGAGACACUUUGAUUUUGCAUGGAAAAUCACCUGAUGAAUCUAAGGAGUUUAAGUUUGAAGAUAUUUCUUCAGAUAUUUUAUCAGUUCCUGACAAGAUUAAGAGAAUGGUUGAAAUCCUGAGAUCUGAUGUGGUGCAAGGAUUGGGAGUGCAACUUCUUGAGAAGGUGUACAGCAUCAUGGAAGAAGAAGAUGAAUUGAAAAGAGAGCUGCAGCUGCGGGAGCACAUGGGAGACAAGUAUGCAAGUUACAGUGCCAAGGCACGGCACCUGAAAUUUCUGGAAGAAAAUGUGAAGUUCUGACCAGAACUCUUUCCUUAAAGAAAAGAACUCUUUUAUAGCUCGUUUGACAAAUUGGAGCUGCUUACAAAGUACGUUUAUCCAUCAGCCUCCCUUGUUGGGAUAAGGUGGUGGACUUGAAAAAAUGUUAUAGUUCAUAGCAAUAUGUUAAAAUGUGAACAAGGCUAUCACCGUCUCAGAAGAGAAACUGUUUAGUUUGUAUUCUCUCAACCUUUUAAACUUGCUUUUUAUAGAUGCAAUGAGGGAUGAAUAACAAGUUUUGUGUACAAAGAAGUGUCAAAAAAAGAUGUUUUUGAAUUUUUCCUAGCAAAAGUUUUUUUAUGGUCAUAUACUAAUUAUGGUAACAAAUCAAUGCCUAGACUUAGAUGCAUAAGGCAUCCAUUACAUCAAACAGAUGUGAAAAUUUAGCAGGUGGAAACAAUUACUAGUUUUUGUAGCAACAAAAGUCCUCCAGGUUCUUUAAACUGUGAAGAUGAAGUGCUAAAGAGGGUGGCUGCCUUUAAGCAGAGCCUUUGCUUUUGUGUCUUAUUGCUAAGGCAGUCACCAAGAUGAUGGAAAGUAUUUAGUAACUGGACAAAGUCUGACCAUGUCUGAAAGGACCACAGGCAUGGAUACCAUGGUCCCAGCUGGAGAAAUCCCUUUGCCUUACAAAUACUAAUUCCUUUUAGGAAUGAAAGUGCCCAAGACCAGGGUCACUCAGAGAAACAGGCAUCUUGGCUAUUUCCUUUCUCUGCAUCUAGAUCAUGCUGCUGCAUUUGUCCAGGCAUUAUCAUGUAGCAUCACCACAGAAAAGUCAUGAUCUUUUUAAAGGAUAAAGCAUUAAAAGGGAUUUGAAUUCGUAAAAUAAAAUUUUCAAUACA